AGAAGGAAAUAAUGUGAAGCUCUAUUAUAAAUAGUAGUUAAUAUUUUGAAUAAAAUAUAUUAUAAAUAAAGAUUGGUAAGAAACAUGUGUGCAAGACUUUUAGCAUGCCCUUUGUGCUCACAACCAGGUUUUUUAACAUUGGAUGCAUUACGAGCAGGAUUAAUAAGUGUAGCUACACGACCUCUUACAUGCCCUGUGUGUAAUGAAAUAUUGCUUGGUAUCGAUAAACUUACUAUCCAUUUAUUCAGUCACACUAUUAAUUUAAGCAAUAAUAAUACAGGGUCAUUGAAACAUACAAUUAUUACCAGUACUUCUAAUCCAUCAAUAAAUAAUUUAGAAAAUACUACUUCUCAAGAUUGGAAUGUCUCUAAAAUACAAAUUACAGAUUCAAAUAAACUUUCACAGAAUAACUUAAAUAAUCAAAACAAUUUAAUAUCUUCUCAAAGCCUGCAAAAUACAAAAGAUAAAGCUUCAGUUUUGAAUUCAGAAGUUUCUGUUCAAGAUCAAAAUUUACUAAAUCAUGUACCUCAAACUACAUUUCUACAAAAUUCAGUUUGUGAGAACAAAGAAGUACAUGCACUUCAUAGAAGUAAAGAUACAGAAUCAGAUAAAGAUUCUCAACAAAUGUUACAAGAAACAAUAAAAUUAAAUUAUGCUACAGAAUAUUUUACUAAUGAAAAUGUUAAGCAUGUCAAUUUUGUACAAAAUUAUUCUGAAACAGAAUAUGAAAAUGUUCAAACAUUUAAAACAUGGAUGCAGGAUCAACAUUGUGAACAACAAAAUGAAAAUGUAGCAGGUAAAGUGGAAAAAUCUGUAGAAAGUGAUAAAUCUUGUAAUAAUGAAAAAAUGACAACAAUAUAUAAAUUACCAAACAUUGCAAGUACUUAUACUGACAUAUCAUUAGAAAAAGCUAAUGAUAAAAAUGUACAAGAAGAUUCAACUACUACCUAUAAUGAAAGUGAAAAUGAAAGUUUUAAACACAAACAAAUAUUACCUCAAUUGAAAUUUAUAAAAACAUUACCAUCAGCAAAACAAAAAACUGAACAGUGCAAUAUAUGUGGUUUUCAUUUUCCUGAUCAUAAUAUUUUGUUUUUACAUAAACAAUUAGUACAUAUGAUUCAUGAAAAAGACUUAAAUAUUAUUCCUGAAAAUUUACUUAAUAAUUAUUCAUGUCAUUUAUGCUCUAAGGUAUUUAAAAUGAGAGGUAGUUUAAUGGUGCAUAUGCGAGUUGCACAUAUGGGAUAUAAUUUGGGUUCUUUAGCCAAAAAUGGACAAAUAGAACUUAUAUUCAAUGAAAAUAAAUACAACUGUCCUACAUGUGGAAAAAAAUUUAAAAAGGAACAACAUGUAAUGCAACAUUUAAAAACUCAUGAAGCUAAACAAUGGGAAUGUGAUGUAUGCAGUAAAAUGUUCACAACAAAAUAUUUUUUAAAAAAACAUAAAAGAUUACAUUCAGGAGAAAUGCCUUACAAAUGCAGCAUAUGUAACAAAACAUUUACUUUUCAACAGUCAUAUCACAAACAUAGAUUAUAUCAUAAAGAUGAUAAACCACAUACAUGUACAACUUGUGGUAGAUCAUUUAAAGAGUUAUCUACUUUGCAUAACCAUGAACGAAUUCAUACAGGAGAAAAACCCUUUGCAUGUGAAACUUGUGGAAAAUGUUUCCGUCAACGUGUUUCAUAUUUGGUUCAUCGCAGGAUUCACACAGGAGUGAUGCCUUAUAAAUGUACAACAUGUGGAAAAAGCUUCAGAUACAAGGUGAGUCAAAGAACUCAUAAAUGUCCAGUUCAACAAAUAGGAAAUAUGCAGCAAACAAAUGCUACUGAUCAAAAAUCAAUAAAUUUACUAAAUAUGCAAGGUAUAAAUAAUGAUAUGUGUAAAACUCAAAAAAAUUUUUUAAAAGAAAAUCAAUCAAUGCUGAACAUUGUAAAUAAUGAAGAAAAUAAGUAUGUUCUAAUAAUAAACACACAAGGACAACACCUUUUAACAAAAGAAUGUAACAUUGAGAAAACACAAACUAUUAUAAAUAAAAAACAAAAAGUAGAAGAAUAUACAGAAACAAACAAUGAAAAUGAAGAAACAAAAAAUAUAUGGAAAUCUGACAUUCCUAAUAAUUCUAUAUUUAAAAAAUCCCCUGAAAUUUGUAAAACAAUGUAUUCAAAAAAUGAGAAACCAUUUCAAGAAGAUACAAAUGAUUUCCUUUCAAUGGUAAUAUCACCAUUUGAAAAUGGACUAUCUUCACCUACUAUUGAAAUGGAACAUUUACGAGUAUCAUCUCCUACACAAAAAGAAGAUAUAUUAAAAUCCUAUGAUACUUUUAAAAAUACAACACAUGACAUAGAAAUGAAUAUGUUUAAUACAGAUAUAGAACCAAGUUUUGGUGAUGCAGAUAGUAAUGUAAAUAAUUUACAAACUAUUAAUGAAGAAUCUUUGAAGCAACUAUUAUAUAGCAUUAAUGAAAAGUAA